CUUAAAGAAAAUUGAGCUUUAAACAGCCACAUCAGCAAUGAGAUUAGAUGAUGAGAUAAAGCGGGGAGCUCAGUUUAAAAGGAGUGGCAGACUUUGAGUAAGACAUUCCUUGCUGCAGAGUUCUCCAGCUCACCCUCAAAGCAACCAUGACUUUCAAUGGCAACUGGAAAAUUGAACGCAAUGACAACUAUGAGAAAUUCAUGGAAAAAAUGGGAAUUAACAUGGUGAAGAGGAAGCUGGCCGCUCAUGACAACCUCAAGAUAACCCUCGAACAGACUGGGGACAAUUUUCAUGUCAAGGAGAGCAGCGCCUUCCGCAACCUGGAAUUAGACUUCACCCUGGGUGUCACCUUUGAGUACAGCCUGGCAGAUGGAACAGAGCUAUCAGGUUCAUGGACCAUGGAGGGAGACAUGUUGAAGGGGGUCUUCCUCAGAAAGGACAACGGAAAGCAACUGACAACAACCAGAAUCGUCCAAGGAGAUGAACUCAUACAGAGCUACCACUACGAAGGCGUGGACGCAAAGAGGAUUUUCAAGAAGUGUUAGUUCUGAUCAACAAACCUUGAAAAUGAGAUGUUUGACAUCAGGAUUACAUACAGCACUGUGUUGAAUUAUUAUUUUCCUAUACCAACACAUCCUGUAAAACAUGCACUGCUUGUAAUACCCAGAAAGUUUAUGAAACAUAUUUAAAUGUCAUGUGAUUUUGAUACUUGCAGUAAUAAAGCACGACUGUAACUGCC